AUGAAGGGUUGUGGAUCUGCGAACAGUCCCAAACCAGCUGCGGAGGCCGCCUCACCUUUGGGAAAUUUCCAAGCGCUUAAAGAUAGACUUCAGGGCAUUCCAACCAUCGGCCGAUUCUCCAAGCGCUUACACACACCCGCAGCUACUCUUCUACCAACAUGCUCCAGUCAGCCCAGUAACAUGCCGAUUUUCCAGCUGCCAGUGACUGUGAUCAAGGCCAUGUAUCGUCGGCGUCAAGUUCUAAAUCUGGAGAUGAAAAAGCCGUUCCGGCUAGAUAACACGCGUAUGGCAACGAAGUGGAAAAUGUAUUUAAACCUUGGUCUCUACGCGGCUAAAUUCUUGUUCAUGACGCCUAUUGGUGCCAAUUUCUCAGUUCACCCGCUCACGAUGUUCAAACAAUCCGAGUCCGUUAAGCGUAUAAUACGUGAUGUCCAGAAGGAUGGCAAUCGCAAGAUGACUCCCGACCAAGUCGUUCACGCCUGGAACGUGCCCAUGACAAGCGAGAUUCCUGCGCCCAAAGGAGCAGACAAACCCCUGCCCAACCUAUGGAUUGAAGAAGGAACUCCCAAGUCCGGCCUGCAACAUAUGGUUGGAAGCGACGACAAGAUUGGUUCGUGGGAAGGCAAGGGCAUCCCUAGAGAGCUUCAACGAGAGAAAAUACCCAUGUUUGUUGAGGCGGCGACUACGGCAGGUAGACGUAUCACCACCCAGGGCUCAAGGGACGAUCGUCACAUCAUGUCAACAUACAUUGAAGGCCGUGUGUUGAAAACUGCAGUUACAGUCGGAAGCAAUGGGUAUAUUGUAGGGGCUAACCCCGCGAAGAAGUUCAAGGUUAAGCCGGGCGACCCGGGCGAGGUCAGCGAUCGUACAGUGGAAAACUUGUACCGAUAUCCGCUGAAUUGCCCGGAUAGAAGGCGGACUGACGAGGCGAAAAAGGGGGAGGAGAUGGAGCGCAAGGAGCCAGCUAUGCCAAAGGCGAAAACCUCCCACCUGGGAAGGUUCUUCAACAGAGACAACUUCAACCCGGUCCCAUCCGCGCGUUGUCGCCGUCGCCGAGCAUCUAUUACCUUUCUUUCUCCCGACUUUACCAGUACGGCGUACGCAAACAUACAGUCCGACUAUGUUUUCCUUGGAUCCGCCUAUGAAUAA